AUGAUAUGGUCCCACCACGGUCGCAACCGCUACGCUCCACCGCGCCGCUUCGGGCGCAGCGUAUUGCAGCGAGUUUCGUGUCGUUUCGACACGAUUAUUAGUCAACUGGCGAUUAUAUCAGACAGUGAUAUACGCAGCCUUACCGUAUAUCGAUUUAUCAUCUUGCUCGCUGCGUGCGACAUUGUUGGAGCCAGUAUACAUUGUGUAACUGGAUUCGCACUGAUAUUUCCAUCAUUCUGGUCAAUUACACUUGGCAACUUCCUCGGCUCCGUUCUCAUACCGUCGUAUUUUUGCUAUAUUUUGACGGAAUUCCUGUUAUCAUUCGUGCGAUUUGUACAAAUUUUGUAUCCGAAUUGUGCAGAAAUACUGUUCAGUCCAAAAAGAGGAAAGGGAAACAUCAAUGGUGACAGCGCUCAUCGAGAACGACGACUUAUGUAUCAAACAUUUUUUGCGACCGCUUACGCUACGUGUCUCAACUUCACGUCGCAUAAUAUAGGAUGGAUAAACAAAGGACGGCUGCCAGUAGUCUACGCUGCGUGCACGUACUUUUGGCUGCUUAAUACUGCCGUUUAUCCGCUAACAUUUAUUGUCAUGAAUAGAACGAUGCGCCAGAAGAUUAUCAGCAGCCUACGAUUCACGCGCUUGACGCCGAAGAAACUUGUCACGACAACGUUGAAGGUUAUGCCGUCGAGCAGAUCACUAGCUUGA